AGUUACCGUACUGAGGUGCUGGGUGUCGCCGUAAUGUUUGCUUCGAACGCUUAUUUUGUGGGAAGAGAUUUGCGAGUUGGCCGGAUGAAUCAGCGACCCAGUCACAUUAGAUAGAGUAUUUGGCGCAAAGCCUCAAUUUCUUUCGGCGGCAGUUGCGCUGAGUGUCACUCGCUGGAAGAGAGCUUUGAGACUCAGGUAGAUGUGGUAAGCAUUACUUUUGGUUUUUAUACUCAGAGUAAAACGUGACCUUAACCCUAUAUUUACCCGAACUACUCAUUUACAGCUUUCUUGCUGGUGGUCGGUGGCAAAUACAGAUGGAUCAUCAGUAUUGCGAGUGUGUGAUCCAGUGUUCAUGGUAGUAUAUAUCUCUGCUUCAUCCCCUGCAAUGCAAAAUCAUUUCACAGGGCAGAACAGAUAGAAGAAUCGAAUCGAAGGGACGACAAGAUACAGUAGAAGAUGGUGGGCCGAAAGAAACAAUCUACAGCUGCCAGGUGCACUGGGAAGUUGCUUCUUCUGCUCUUGAUGGUAAUGGCGCUCAAGUUGCAUUCGAACUCGUCAUUGAAAGGUCUCAGUCUUCGACAACUGCGGAAGGAGGAUCUGAACUCCAAUUUGGUGCUUCCUACUAUUCAGUUUCCGGCUCUGCCCGAUCGAUCGGUGGAGUACAAUCCCAAUCCAAUCCCGUUGAACGAAACUGUUGACAACAAGUCUUUCAAGUUUCCAGAGAGUGACAUUAUGCACCGGUACUUGGACGGACUAGAAGGGGUAGAAGUCGGUUCCGCGACACACAAUGGCUUUGGUUUGCACACUGUCAAUGUCGACUUUACCUUUGAGCCGACUCUGUACCAAAAGGAACAGAUCGACUUUGUAGGGCAGUACCGUCGAGUAGAUGUCAAGGCAUCGGCCGAUCGUCUGCCUUGGGCCGACGGAGUGGUCGACUUUGUCCUUUCGUCGCAUGUCAUUGAACACUUUCAUGAUCCCAUCAAAGUCGUUUGCGAAUGGCUGCGCGUUGUUCGGGUUGGCGGAUACGUCGCCAUUAUCGCUCCUCACAAGGAGCGAACCUUUGACAAGGACCGAGAACGUACGCCGUGGGAAGAAAUUCGCCUUCGACACUAUCGGUUCGAGUCUGGUGAACUUGUAGAUGCUGCCUUUGAUAGUCUUCAGCAUUGGUGUGUAUGGAUCACGGACGACUUUUUGGAAAUCGCCAAACACAUGCAUUGGAAGGUUGUGGAGUGGCAGGAUGCCGAUGACAAGGUGGGCAAUGGCUUUACAAUUAUUAUGCAAAAGACACCUAGCUCUUUGAGGAAUUGCCCGGUACAGAGACAAGGGGACAAGCUAUAAGGAGAAAAGCAACCGUGGGACAUGUUGGCUGGCUUCCUGGAUUUUUCUUAGGUAGUUUUGUACAUGUACAUGUAUGAUAACUCAUUGAGUAUUUUGAAUUGGCCAGUU